AUGGGGGUACAUCAAGGCGCUCACGACGCUGAACACAGUCCAACAGGUCUGGCAAUUCACAGACUCAGUGGGAAAAGCAGGUGGAUGGAAUGGGGAGAGCGUCGAGGGCUUCGUGGUCUGCACGCACAUCUCAGAGCCGCCUACAGGAAAGGCGAAUCCACAUCCACUGAGCUCCCCACUCCCAUCCGCCUCCUAGUGCUCAACUGGUCCUCCCCCGUCACAAUCCGCCGCAUCUGCGCAGACAGCAUCCAAUUCCGCGGGGCGAACCACCAAACCCUCCAUGCAGAUCUGUCCACCUAUAACAUGGGUGUUCAUCAAGACGACGGAAGAACUCGCUCCUAG